CCUCCCCUCCAAGCCGGCGGCGUCAUCGCCCCUUCCCCUCCCAUCUCCAGGCACCCACCCAGCACAGCAGCACCACUCUGGCUGGCUGGUCCCGGGCACUGAGAGCUCCGCGGAGCUGAGCAGUCCCUGCGCUCUGCUGCCCACUAGGCUCCUGGCACAUUCCCUAACCAGUGCCUGCAUCCCCCCGGAUCCUUGCUGGCCUGCGCUUUGGGACAGGAGAAUACAGUAAGCUUCACAGGACAAAAUAGAAGAACAAGAUGGAAAAUACGUUAUUUUGGUUGAUAAUCUUUAUCUCUGGAUGGACCCUCUCUGAUGGGUCUGAAACAGAGCCAGAUUUUACGUGGCACUUGAGCAGAAUACCCCGGGUUGUAAGUGAGAGGACUGUCCAUCUUGCCAGCCCCAUGUUCCAGGCAGAUGCUGGCAUGGUGAUGACCGCAGUGUGUGGCAUCGAAUGUCAGGAAGAGCUCCCGGCUCCCAGCCUUUCCCAGCUCGAAGACUCCCUUUCCUAUGAGACGGUCUUUGAGAAUGGCACCCGAACCUUAACCAGGGUGAAAGUUCAAGAUCUGAUCCCAGAGCCCACUCGAAACAGCAGCCUUAAAGGAGCACGCCCUAGGAGGCUGCGGCGACAGGUGUACGGUACCGACAGCAGGUUCAGCAUCUUGGACAAAAGGUUCUUGACCAAUUUCCCUUUUAAUACAGCGGUGAAGCUGUCCACUGGCUGCAGCGGCGCCCUCAUCUCUCCCCACCACGUGCUCACAGCUGCCCAUUGUGUCCACGAUGGGAAGGACUAUAUCAAAGGCAGUAAAAAGCUGAGGGUGGGGGUGCUGAAAAUGAGAAACAAAGGAGGCGGCAAGAAACGCAGAGGUUCCAAGAGGAGCCGGAGAGAAGCAGAGGGUGGUGGCCAAAGUCACAGUGGUCAGGAGCAUCCUCAGGAGAGCGCCACCCAGAGACGGGGAAAAGGGUCCAGGCGGGGUCCGAGGGUCACUCAAGGGAGGCCGUCCUUCCAGUGGACCCGCGUCAAGAGCACCCACAUUCCCAAAGGCUGGGCGAGGGGAGAGAGCGGGGACCCGGCCUUGGACUAUGACUAUGCACUCCUGGAGCUGAAGCGAGCGCACAAGCAGCAGCACAUGGAGCUGGGAGUCAGCCCCACCAUCACCAAGCUGCCGGGCAGCUGGAUCCACUUCUCUGGGUUUGACAAUGACAGGGAUGAUCAGUUGGUGUAUAGGUUUUGCAGCGUUUCUGAGGAAUCCAAUGACCUCCUGUACCAGUACUGCGAUGCUGAGGCAGGGUCCACCGGCUCUGGCAUCUACCUGAGGCUCAAAGAGCCAGGCCAAAAAACCUGGAAGCGGAAGAUCAUCGCGGUCUACUCAGGCCACCAGUGGGUGGAUGUGCACGGGGUUCAGAAGGACUACAAUGUGGCUGUGCGCAUCACUCCACUCAAGUACGCCCAGAUUUGCCUCUGGAUCCAUGGAAACGCAGCCAACUGCGCUUAUGGCUGAGGGAAAGCUGAAGCAAGUUCAGGCACAUCCUGAAUCCCAGAGAAAGUCAGUUCUCAUUCUGAGACCACUCACAGUCUAUACUUGGACUUGAACCUAGCAGGGGUAUGCCAGCAUUUUCACAGACUUCCUUUAUCAAAAUUAGGUUACUUUCUCACAGUUAGAAUGUUUAGGUACAGAUAAUGAAACUAGAAACACUUCAGCAUCAAAUAUAUACUCCAUGUGAUGCUAAGUUUCGUUUGCGGGCAACCGUUUGUUUACUUGGGCCUUCUUUAAAACUAGACACUCUUUAAAAUGUCAGCCUAGAACUGUAACGUGACUUCUCAAUGGGCUUGCUCUGAGAGUCCUACUGUAAGAAGAAUCAACUUGAACGGAAAAUACAAAGAUUCACAGUAACACAAUUAGAAACAGGAGACAAGGAGGUUUCGUUUGCAGUGCUGUGCGAUGGAGCCAUUCCUGUCUGCUCCUGCCCUCAGUGCUGACAUGUGUUUUCUCUCGGUACUCAGAAACUUAAAGAACUACAGGUCAAAACACAUACAAAUCACAAAUCAGAAGAAGUCGUGAGCUUUAUCAAUGAAACUACCAAAUGUGGUUUAAAUAAAAAACAACCCAGUAUCAAAGUGUCUGUCUAAAAAUUGGAGAAACACUUUGUUUUGUGCAAUGAACCAACUUUAGAGAUUUUGAAAGCGGAGACACUUUAAAAUGUCAAGUUUUUAUUUAACUGAUUUUCAAAGUAGGAAGUUUUC